AUCAGAUUUGCGUUUCGUCAUCAAGGGUUGAUUAGAACACCAUUGUGUGUCUCUAGGUGGCACAGAAACGCGGCCUCCCGCUGGACGAGUUCACCACACGAUUCGCCCAGCAAGCUCUGACCGGCGUGAGCUUGGUUCAGUCCAAUAGUGAGAAGCGAUGACGACUACAGCUCAUGCAGGUAUUAUUCCUGUGGGCAUUGUCCUGCAAGUAAUUACUGCCUGCCCACCAAAGGACCGCGAAGUUUUAGCAGCAAAAGUAGCGAAGCUCGAGAAGAAGAUAUUCCCGUCGAGCGAGGCUUUCGACUACAGUAUAGAACUAAAGAAAAAGAAUAUUGGGCUCGUUCUGGCCGCAAGAGAAGGAAGCCAGGAGCUUGUCGGUUAUCUCGUCUUUCAAAGGCUAAAGAGCCAGGCCUGGCUACACAAGCUGGCCACCAUCGAACAAGAGAGGGGCAAAGGUAUCGCCAGAUGUCUCAUACAUUCCCUUUGCCAGCAAAUGAAGAAGGGAGGCUGUCGAACAAUUGUUCUGUGGGUUGAUGAGGCUCGCAACCCGGCCAGGGCCCUGUACGCGUCUUGUGGGUUCCAGCAAAUUGAGCGGCUUCCAGAUUACUACGGUCCUGGGCGAACAGCACUCAAAAUGGAGGUGGACAUCGUAGAAUGA